UACAUGUAGGUGCUGAAUGAAGCAGUAGGAGCCCUUCUCUAUCACACAAUUACGUUGACAAGAGAAGAUCUAGAGAAGUUCAAAGCUCUGCGUAUCAUCGUAAGGAUCGGCUCUGGAUAUGACAACGUCGACAUCAAAGCUGCAGGAGAUAUGGGUGUUGCAGUAUGUAAUGUCCCAGGGUACGGCGUGGAGGAAGCAGCCGACUCAACGCUAUGUAUGAUCUUGAACCUGUACAGACGAACCCAUUGGAUGGCUGAGAUGGUGAAGCAGGGCAAGAAGAUAUCGGGAGCUGAGCAGAUCAGAGACGCUGGCGUAGGAGCUACAAGAAUUCGCAACGAGACAUUAGGCAUUAUAGGAAUGGGUCGGGUUGGUACAGCAGUAGCGAUGAGAGCUAAAGCGUUUGGAUUCAACAUACUCUGUUAUGAUCCCUACCUUCAAGAUGGCAUGGAGAGAGCGUUUGGAUUAACCAGAGUAUACACACUACAGGAUCUGCUAUUCCAAAGUGACUGUGUGACACUUCAUUGUUCUCUUAACGAGCAUAAUCAUCAUUUAAUAAAUGAUUACACCAUCAAACAAAUGCGUCAAGGAGCCUUCCUAGUCAAUACAGCACGUGGUGGUCUUAUUGACGAAAACGCCCUUGCCCAAGCACUGAAAGAAGGUCGCAUCAGAGCAGCCGCACUCGACGUCCACGAAUCAGAGCCGUUCACAUUUACCUCAGGUCCUCUAAAGGAUGUACCUAAUCUGAUCUGCACUCCACAUUGUUCUUGGUUCAGCGAGCAGAGUAGUACAGAGGUACGUGAAAGCGCAGCCGGUGAGAUCAGACGGGCUAUCACGAGACCCGGCCCCGGAAAUCUACGCAAUUGUGUUAAUAAGGAAUAUUUGAUGUCAUCGCCAUCCGGUGCACAAUGGUCAGAGCCUAAUAAUCCACCUGAACUCAAUGGAUCAGUUUAUCGCUAUGCAGCGCCCCCUGUUGUUGUACCUCAACCAGCUCCUCAACUGGUCGCAGAAAACCACUCCAUGCCAAUGAAUGUAGUGGCUACACCAGUGGUCACUAGUGGUCAUUCGGACACUAAGGCAGAGCCUGAACAAUGAAAACAUUGAGGAGUGGCUAUCGGACCCUUCCAGUCAAGAUGCCUCAGAGAUGAUAUCAUAGAGGCAUUUCUGUGGUCUUACCAAGUAACCAAACAAACUUGUGGAUUUGUCUUGUAUUCUGUGCCAAGGCAGUAUUUACAAUUUUAUGGAAAGAAAAAGAAAAUCCUUGUAGAAAAAAAAAGUAGAAACAAGUAGUCCGACACAUGCACUCCAUAGAGCAACUCAUUAGAAAUGAAGAAAAAGUCUUUGUACCUACCACCGAAACAAUCGCAUAUAGAGAUACUGCUGAAUAUAAAUAUUAGAUGAGCAGUACGUAGGAAAUAUUGUCUUGUUAUGUCAGAGUGAAAUGUGCGCACACCAACCCCUGUUCACCUGUUUGUAAUGUAUGUGCAUGUUUUAGUGGAAUUUGUGCCCAAAAUUUAUAUAUCUUCAAGAGGAAAAACAGAAUUUUAUGAAAGCAAAGCAAAUAUAUAUAUCAGAUCAGUGAAAUCUUGCGACUGGAUUGAUACACUGAAAGCUACUAAACCAGAGAAGGACGAGAGAAUGGACGAUAUUUGUACAAAGGAAAGUGGAUUUUCAUUUUGUACUUGGUGCACUGAUAUUAUGCAAAGGAAUGCAAGACAUGUCCGAGGCAUUAAUUUUGGUUUGAUCUCGAGUGUUACGUUCAACGUGCGUGUUCACCAUGCUUUAUUUUCUUCUUUGAGUUGGGAUACUGGCCAGUCAUCAAUCUUCAAUCAUCUGCUUCUUAAUUUCAGUAAAUUGAUUUCUGUAACAUUUUUAUGCACAUUAAUUCUUGAUUCUUUUGGAUAUGAUUUUGAUUACUGUGUACAAUGUUGGCUGCAUUUGGCAUUACAAAAUGCAGUUAGAUAUGUACAAAUAUUUGUUGACAUUGUGCAUCCUGAACACAUUGGAUCGCUUAUUGUUUGUAUGAAUUUGUAAGAUUGCUUGUUUUGAGUUUUCUAUUUUUUACAAAAAUGUUGAAAUACGACAGUGCUGGGUUACGACAUUUGAUCAUGUAAUGUUUGAUGUACUUAAUAAUAUGGUGGUUGCAGCCAGUUGCUACUGUGAGAAACUUCAAUUUUAUAUCUUUAUAAACCUUGGCUUGGGCUUUUCCUCGAACAUUUCCUUCUUCAUGAAAUCUGAAAUAUUCAGAUAAGGUUCUUGACACAAAAGUACCAAUGAAUGGCAUUAACUGUAACGUAAGAGGUUCAGUAUUGCAUUGGUUCCAUUAACAGCUGAACACUGAUUGUUUGAAAUGUGAAUGAAGGAUACGUGUACCAAUCCAGAUAACACUCUGGACAGACAGAUCAAUGGAUUCAGUGAGUCAAAUUCAUAAGUCAAAGUUUUUUAAAGUGUUAAAAUGAGUCAAAUAGUGAUAGCUGGUUUGAUCAUGGAGAAUUUGGAUCAUCAACGGUUAACACUCAUAUAUCGUGGGACCUGUAUCAUGAAAGCAAAAAAUCAGAUGCCCUAUUUCCUUCACAAAUCAACUCUAAGCCAAUCGAAUAUGAUGCUUAUAAGCUUGUAAACUCAUUGACAUGUUCCAUGAAACAGCAACCUGAUUAUUCAUUCAUAGAAAGCUAAGGAAAUAUUUAGAGUUUGAUGAAAAUAAAUAAUUCAUGUAGGUCAGGCGACUGUCACAUGAUCAAAUUUAACAAUGGGGAUCUUGGAUUCUAUCUCUUGCCAUGAUCAUGAUUGUAGCAAUUUCUUGGGAUUUAAAGAUCACCAGUCGCAUUCGCGUAAAUUUUGCCAUCAAUAGUUAUGCCAUGUUCAUGUAUAUCAUUAUCAUUGCACUGCCACUAUAUUGUUAUUUUUCAAUAUCAGUUGAUUUUUCUUUUAUCUCUCUUUUCAUUAUUUUUUAUUUUAUUUAUGUGUGUUUGUAUUCUUGCUUGGUAUGACCCUGAUAGUAAAUAUGAAUUAAUCAUUGUUACAAAAAAUUCCCAAAUCUUAUGAUCAAAGUGUCUAUUGAGGGAAAAGAGAUCUGUUGAUGUUUGUUCUUAAUCUGUGGUGAAAUUUUGGAUACAUUUUUUAUUCAUACAAACAGACAUCUGGGUGGUCAUUACAUUGGAUUCUGUAUGAACUCAUUUUGAAAUUGUUCCCACAACUUGAGUACCGGUACACUAAAUUUACAGUUUUUAGGAAAUAUCAAAGUGGUUGAAUUCUUUGUUAUAAUAUUUGUAUGGGCUUGUUGGGAUAUGAUGCAAUGACCCCCUCGACAUUUCUGUGUUUUAUGGUGCCACAAACCAACUCACUUCAAUCUGUCUAAUUUUGAAAGAGAUUUUUUACUGAAGAUACGCUUUCAAAUGUGCAGCAUCUUAUUUUGCAUUAAAUCUUGAAGAAUCUGAUUGGUCCACUAGAUUUCAAGAGCCAGGGUGACAAGAAACCCUAGUUCUGCAUCAUAUGGAGUAUACCAGAAGGAUAACAUUUUGCUGGGAUAAUAACAAGGCAGUGUGCAUGUGACCUUAUGUUUUGGGACAACUCAUAGACCUUCCAUCACUCCACAUUUCUUUUUCAUCCAAGUAGAAAGACAUUUGGUUGUAGUGAAAUAUGGGAUCAUGAUGCGGGGUACAAAAUAUGGGGUGUCCAGUAGAAAUAUGCUCUUUGUUUAAUUAUGUUUUGUUGUACUAAUCAAAUUGCACGUGUGUCUACUUCAUUUUUUUUUUAUCGAAAGUGAAUAGUCACCAUUUAUCCUGUUUGAAAAUGUUGAAGACCAAAUGGAAUUAUGAUGAAAUGAAGUUCACCCAAAUGCAAUUGGAAAAAUUUGAGAAUGAGUUGGGAUAAAAUGAUAUCAGACUAAAGAAAUGGCAAAGUGACCAAACUGCAAUGAGGAGUAUCCAACAGAAGUGAGGUCACCAUCAUGAAUAUGUUGAUGAAGAAACAACUUUUUAUGCAGAUUCUUAGGAAAAAUGCUUUGUGCUUAUAGUACAUGAGGUAUCCUGGCAUGUCUUCAAUAUUCUGUAAAUAUUGUUUAAGUUCAAGAAGAUUGUUUGAUGAAGAGCUGCAAUAAUAAGUGUAUAUUUUGUGAGGUUUGCACUCGCUUUUGUUGGAUACUGUAUGAAACAAAAUUAUUUUACUUGAAAAAACUUGAUUUUUUAAUUCAAUAUUUUUCUGGUGCUGUACUAUAUAAAUACCACCCAAAGAUACACACAGGAGGAAUGAAGGGAUUCUAUUGGUUUUUGGUUUAUAGAAUAAGCCUGUGACCUGAAUGAAUGUGAAUUGUGUUCCUACUUAUUGUAUUUUUAUUUUCAAUUUUAUUUGUCUUUUUUUGGUGUGAUUUGCUUAUUUUAUAUUAUGUUUCAUGCAAUCAAUAUCAUUUCAAUUUUUUUAAGCACUUGUUCAGCAUUUAGUUGCAUAAUGGUAUGUAUGAUAUGUGAUUAACACUCGCAAGCUAUGAGACUUGUCUCUGUGAAUGAUGCCUUAUUCAAUUCUACAAAGAAAGCUUUAGAUUUCAAUCUUUUGUAGAUUAGAAUUUUAAUUGCAAAUUAUUUGCACAAAAAAUGUGUAAGCAGUUGCUUGUUGCUCAUAUUGUAUACUUUGUAAAUUGACAAGUUUUUGUACUGAAAAUGUUAAGGAUAUUUGUCCCCACAAUGUGAAUAUGUGUUGGUUGAGGGUUAUAAGCUCUGCAUUUUGCAAAGUUUAUGGACACUUUCAAUUUUAAAUUUCACCCAUUAUUUGUUUUGAUAAAUCUUUGCAUCAUUCAGUGGAAGCAUAGAAUAACAACAUAUCAAAAUACUCUCAGGUAUCACUUUAGCAAAUCAUCUUUUGAAAAAAAUAUCUUCCAUUGGGUUAAAAACAAAUUAUACUUUUUCCAUAAUGUUUUAUGCGAGGCAUUUAAAUAAUUGAUUUCAAUGGAACAGUAAAGAAUCAACUUGAAGUUAAUCUAAAUUAUAUAAUGCCAAAAUUGAAAGCUUAUUUCACGUUUGAAUUAAGUUCUUGUAACCUUAUUUUAUUUAAUAUAAAAGUUUUUUUGUAUACUGAUUUUUACUUCAUUAUUCUGUUGUCAAUUUUUGAAUCGAGAUUGUAUUUUAUCAUUGAGUAUUCAAGUGUUAUACAUGUCAUUUUUCCUUGAGAGUUUUGUUGAUCUUUUUUUUAUGUAAACCCUCCUUAUUUUUGUAGCAUAAUUAUGUCCUCGCCUUCCCAUUCUCACUGGCACGUUUACAAUAAAACAGUUGAGUGUCGGCCAUGUUAAUA